AAUACUUGGGUUAGAUCUGGUCGUGCGAGAUGACAACGGAAACAUCUUGGACCCAGAUGAAACCAGCACGAUUGCCCUCUUCAAGGUGCAUGAAAUGGCCUCAAAAAGGAUUGAGGAAAGGAUUCAAGAAGAAAAGUCACUCCUGCAGAACCUGGACUUGCGGGGCCAGUCCAACUUCAAUACCUUCCACACCUACGGCCUCUAUAUUAACUUCAAGAACUUUGUGUGCAACAUCGGGGAAGAUGCAGAGUUGUUCAUGGCCCUCUAUGACCCUGACCAGUCCACGUUCAUCAGUGAGAACUACCUAAUUCGUUGGGGCAGUAACGGGAUGCCCAAGGAAAUCGAGAAGCUUAAUAACCUUCAGGCGGUUUUCACUGACCUCAGCAGCACCGACCUCAUCCGGCCCCGCAUCAGCCUCGUGUGCCAGAUCGUCCGGGUGGGCCGCAUGGAGCUGAAGGAGGCCAAAAAGCACACCUGUGGACUGCGGAGACCCUUUGGGGUAGCAGGUAUGGGAAGACCCAGAGACGAAUGUAGAAUGUGCAGCCCCUGUGAAUGCAGUGUGGGAGGCCCCCCCAAAUUAAACAUAGCCUGGCUGGUAUGCCUCAGUGGUUGAGCAUCAACCCAUG